AUCUACUACCUAUAUUUAACUUCUCUCCCGGCACGCACAAUACACAUUACUUGUCAACUGAAACAAAAUGGUUAAAGAACUGCAUACAGUUUGUGUGACAGGAGCUUCAGGGUUCAUCGGCUCAUGGCUUGUCAUGAGGCUUCUUCAACGUGGCUACACUGUCCGAGCCACUGUACGCGAUCCUGGGAACCCGAAGAAAGUGAAGCAUCUGCUUCAAUUGCCGAAAGCAGACACCAACUUGAUCCUCUGCAGGGCAGAUCUGAAUGAAGAAGGAAGCUUUGAUGAAGCCGUAAAAGGCUGCCAUGCAGUGUUUCAUAUGGCCACCCCCAUGGACAUCGAGUCCCAGGACCCCGAGAACGAAGUUAUCAAGCCUACCGUACAGGGAGUCCUCGACAUCAUUAAGGCCUGUGCUAAAGCAAAGACAGUCAAGAAACUGAUUUACACUUCGUCUGCUGGAACUGUGAAUGUUCGUGAGCAUCAGCUUCCAGUGUACGAUGAAUCCAACUGGAGUGACAUGGAUUUUAUCUACUCCACAAAGAUGACUGCCUGGAUGUAUUUCGUGUCAAAAUCAUUAGCAGAGAAGGCAGCAUGGCAAGCUGCUGAAGAGAACAACAUACAGUUCAUCAGUAUAAUACCAACCCUAGUAGUUGGUCCAUUUAUAUCCCCAACAUUUCCGCCUAGCCUAAUUACAGCACUAUCUCCGCUUACUGGGAAUGAAGCCCAUUACUCCAUUAUAAAGCAAUGUCAGUACGUGCACCUGGAUGAUCUUUGCGAGUCUCAGAUAUUCUUGUAUGAGCAUCCUACCGCGCAGGGAAGAUACAUUUGCUCUUCUCAUGACGCUACCAUUCACGACGUGGUGAAAUUGAUAAGAGAGAAAUGGCCAGAGUACAAUGUUCCUACUGAGUUUAAGGGAAUUGAGAAGGAUUUGCCUGUCAUUUCUUUUUCAUCAAAGAAGUUGACAGAUAUGGGUUUCACAUUUAAGUACAACUUGGAGGAUAUGUUCAAAGGAGCAAUUGAAACAUGCAGAGAGAAGGGAUUGCUACCUAAUUCAACUACUUUGCAAGAGAAUGAUCAAGAAAAGAAAUAUCUUUUUCCUGCUACGGAUGAUCAUCACAAUGGACAUGAAAAAGAUCUGUUUCACCAUUCCAUCGACAAGGAUGCUGUUGGCAAGGAGAAGAGAGGUGAAACUGAAAGCCUUGUGGCAGCCUGAGAGGAAAGUGAUGAAGCAAGUGUAUAUGAGUUUCAGGGGUAUGUCACAUUGUUGAAUCCAUGUAUUGUAUUUUCUUUCACAUGAUGUCUAUCACAGAUCAUUUGAAUAAUAGGAACAGAAUUCCUUGAUCCA